UUUCCGAAGCAAGCAUUAGCUGGUCUCCUCUCACUCAAGCCAGGUAAAAAAAUUAGUCUUCUUAUUUUUUUAGCCGUGUUUAUUUGGAAUCAAACUUUUGUUGACCUAAUGAUUUAAUAUGCACACGGUUGGUUGUAAUUCCUUGCAUCUAGAUUUGGCUUCGUUUUUAGAUCUGAAUAACCUCAACUAAUGGAAUGGAUGGUUGAAAUUCCUUGGAAUGAACUCAAAAUUGAUCUGGAAUUACAAGGAACGGGAUUUGACUUCGUUCAUCGAUCGUUUUUAGCCGUUUUUAGAUUCUUUGAACUCAAAAUUGAUGAAUUCAAAGCAUUUGAGUUUUAAUAUGUUCACAUACAAUUUUUAGAUCAGUCCUCUAUCUAAAUUUGGCUUCGUUUUUAUAAUUCUUAUUACAAUUACAACUUGCAAUUUCUCUCGUAUGUUUGGAACUGUCAUAAAAAUUGAAGAUCUGGGGUUCUAAAGUCAGUUUUGAACUUUUGAUAUUAGAAUCUUUUCAUCUAUAUAAAUUAAUCAUUUUUUCAAUUGAUCAUUUGGGUAUAGUUAUGAUUUUAUAUAAUUUGCAUUUCAUUUAUAAAAUUAAGACCACUUAAAUUUCUAGGCAUGAAUUACUGCUACCCACGGUCUCCUAUCUUUUGGAAUCUGCUUUUGCAAUUCUUAAACAAAAGUAGCAUGCCAAUGAUUUGUUCAGGUUAUCUUGUAAAUGGUGGUGGAUGAUACAAUGUUGUUGUUUUCUCAUUUGCUUCAGAAGUCACAAGGUUGGCAUGCGUAGCAUGUUUUGUAUAAUAAGGGUUCUUUAGACAUUUGAAUUACACAUUGCAUGCAAAGUUAUAUUUUUCAACCAAACAAUGUAAAGGCUUUCGAUGUAAUUUAAAAUUAAAAUAUACACCUAACCAAACAAUGUAUUCUUAUUUCGCACGCGAAGUGAUUACUUCCCUACAUUUUACAUGCAAUCAAUUCGCAUUCAAAGUUUAAAUGUGUAAAGAAACAAACGCCCCCUAAGUUAACAUUAAGGAUAUAAUAGGAAUUAUGAAAAAAAUGUGACUGUAUUUAAUAAAAGAAGGGCUGUGAAUAGAAUUCCCUUAAAAAAAAUCAGGUUCACGGGGCACUUAAAAAAUAAAUCAGCCCAGCUUCCAACGGCCCAAAUCCGGAAAAGCAGUGCGUGAAUGCAGACCGCGUGAAGGACUCCAUCGACAAGCAGUGCAGCGGGACUCCAGACCGCCGGAGACUUCCCGCCGAGCCCUCCGCCCACCGUCCCCGCCGCCUGUACUCGACAAUUCGGCCCAUCCGCUUCCCGCCGUCCCCGCGGCCAGCUAGAACGGCACACAAUCUCAGCUCCAGGGGCCGAGGCCCCCUCCAGCCCCUCCUUGUCUCCACCCCUGUUCGUCUCACCGUCCUUCCAUCCACGUCCACAUAUAUAUAGGUUCGGCAUCGCCCCCUCCUCUUUCGUUUCGACUGGUUUGACAACACCAAUCUGUAUAGUUUACCAUGUUUUAAGUUUAUUUGAUGUCAAUUUCCUAAAUUGUUUCAUGUAUUUGAUUUAUCUGUAUUUUGAUGAGAGCGGCCGCUGCUCAACGAAGAGAGAAAGCUAAAUGAUCGAUUGGCCGAUUGACACUUAUUUCAGACAGCUAGAAACUGAUGGGUCACCACCCUAGUUUGUUGGAAUCACUGAAUGUGCGAGUUGUGGGCACCGGCGACAAAAUCCUCGUCUUAGCCCACGGCUCCGGCACUGACCAGUCGGCGUGGCGGUCUAUUUUCCCUCACUUUGUACGGAACCACCGUAUCAUCCUCUUCGACCUCGCUUGCGCUGGCAGCGUCAACCCCGACUGUUUUGACUUCCGGCGGUACACAACUCUCGACGCGUACGCUGAUGACCUCAUCAACAUUCUCGACCUUCUUCAGAUCGAGCAGUGCGCCUACGUCGGCCACUCUGUCUCCGCCAUGAUUGGAAUCCUCGCUGCCAUUCGCCGCCCUGAUCUAUUCUCCAAGCUCAUCCUCAUUGGCGCUUCCCCAAGGUUCUCGAACGACGAGGACUACCAUGGAGGAUUUGAGCGAGAAGAGGUGAUGGAAGUGUUCUCCGCAAUGCAAGAGAAUUACGAGGCAUGGGUGAGGGGGUUUGCUCCGCUGGCGGUGGGAGCGGAUGUACCUGCGGCAGUGCAAGAGUUCACCCGCACACUAUUCAAUAUGCGGCCGGACAUCACGUUGUUUGUGUCCCAGACGGUGUUCAACAGCGACCUGAGGGGGGUUUUGGGCCUAGUGAAGUGUCCCUCCCACAUCAUUCAGACAGCCAAGGAUGCGUCGGUGCCGGCAUCGGUGGCGACGUACCUGAAGAACCACCUUGGAGGGCGGAACACGGUGCACCUCCUGCCCAUAGAGGGGCACUUGCCGCACCUGUCUGCGCCGGGGAUGCUGGCCCAGGUCAUAAGGCAAGCUCUCGCCUCCGGACUGGGAAGUGAGUAGUUGUUGGGCCCGUGGGCUGCGGCCCGUAAGCGUGCUGUUUAUUACGGAGGAGAAACGAAUAAUGGGCAUGUGGUCUACUUUGAUCUAUAUAAUCCUUCGACUAAUAAUAGUGUUACUCCAUACGUUUUACUUGAUCUGUAUAUCAUACUAGCUAGUAUUACGUAUGUUUUACUUGCAAAGUCACAAACUAACUCUUGCUUUUCGCAUGUCAAUUAAAAAAUACCUUUUCUGACUAGAAUAUACUCGAUAUUACUCCAUAUGACCAUAUGUUUAGCUCGUGC